CUUCACAUUCUCUAUAUCUCUCUCUAGUCUCUUGUAGUGUUACUUUUUUCUUGUGUCUUUGUUCUUUCUCUCUUCCACUUCUGCCAUUUUUUCUUCUUCUUGUACUUCAUCAAACACUAUUUACUACUACGACGACUACUACUACUACUACUACUAACUUACCCACAACUGCAAUUCUUUGUCUCUUAAAGGCACACUGCACAGCAACUGGUAGGGUAAGGUGUCCUGUAUAAAGGAGUGUGAAGGGUACCCACCCUUUGAGACGACAUGAAGGAGGCCGGCAGGAAACAAGGGGCAGCAUCACCUUGUGCUGCGUGCAAGCUUCUUAGAAGGCGGUGUGCUCAGGAUUGUGUCUUUGCCCCUUACUUCCCUGCCGAUGAGCCACAGAAGUUUGCUAAUGUCCACAAGGUGUUUGGUGCUAGUAAUGUCAACAAGAUGUUACAGGAAUUACCACUGCACCAACGCGGCGAUGCUGUGAGUAGCAUGGUUUAUGAAGCUAAUGCAAGGGUGAGAGACCCUGUCUAUGGUUGUGUGGGUGCAAUUUCUUCUCUGCAACAACAGAUUGAUGUCCUUCAAACCCAAUUGGCUCUGGCACAGGCUGAGGUAGUCCAUAUGAGAAUGCGCCAAGCAGCAUCUACAUCGAAUCACGGCGGUAAUUCAAGUGAUAGUGCUUCCCCAUCCUCCAAGCUAAUUAGCCCACACACCAAGUCUUUCUUUGCUUUAGAUAUGGUAGAUCAGGCCAAUUUAGGGGAGUCCUUGUGGUCAUGCUAGUUUAUGAAGCAUGUCUUCCUUCUAUUACUGUGGGCUUUUUUUUUUGGCUUGCCUCCUAAUAGUUAUUAUAUACUCCCCUCCCUCCCCUUAUCUUUCACAUCCCCUGUUCUCAUAUACAUCUUUACAAUACUUCUUCAUGUAACUCAGUGGUCAAUAUGAUAUGAUGAUCCACCCAUAUGGUUUGGGAGGAUUCUUUAUCAUUAACCAUAUUGUAAAUAUAUAAUUAACUUAUGGAUAUCAGGUAUUAAAUAGCUAUUAUAAGUGAAAUUUUUUUAUAUUGUUGCUUUGUUUUGCUUUCA